CAAAACCGAGCCAUGAAAACACCAUAGAAACCUUCCCCUUCUCGAGAGGAAUCCAACGGUGAAAGAAUCGUUGAAAACGAUCGUGAAACGACGGAGAACAAGCUUGCCGGAGUUCCGCCGGGCUAACCGUAAAGACGGAAAACGGAGAAGAAGGAGGAGCUGCCGCUGCCGCCAACCCAUCACUGACCUUCGCCGUCCCAAAACGAGUCCUCUACCACCACCGUAUCACGAAUCCGUCGAGGAGAGAUUGGCGAAUUCGUUGAAGACGUGAACUAGAUUUCGAGUAGGGUUAGAGCAAAAGCGUGACUUCGAGGUAAGUUUCUCUGCCGAUCCAAAAUGAUUUCCUCGUAUUAUAUGCUUAUUAUGCAUUUUGUGAUAAAGAGUGAAUUUUAAAUUAUGUGUAUGCGAUUUUGAGGAGAUAUUAGAUUUAUGGUAUUUUUGAAGUGCAAAUGAAGUUCUUUUGGGUAUUAAAUAUUUUUAGAUACUUUUGAGACUAUUUUGAGAAAUUGAGGAAUAUUUUGAAGUAUAUUAAUUCAAGAUAAAAGAAUGAUUUCAUAAGAGGUAGGCAUCUCGGGAGUAAUCCGAGGUGUUGGUUUUCCACGUCCCUUAAAAUGUGGAGAGUGUUUAGGGCUACUACUAAGAAGAGAUUUUUGAGUAACUUUCGGAUCGAUGAUCCCUUUUAAGAAGGAGAGUUGUGGUAGCAGUAGUAGUUCCGACGUAAAAGGGCUGCUACUGCUAAGGGUGAGGAUAAGUUUUGAGUGAUAAUUGGAUCGAUGAUCCCUUUUAAGAAGCAGAGUUGUAGUAGUAGUCCCUAAUCAUUCAAAGAUAUCUUAUUCAGGGGUAGUUGGUAGACUGAGUCCCGAUUACUCGUGACGACUUACUACUCGGAGGGCUUGGAAUCCCUUUUAGGGGGUGUGCACACUUAAGGUAGUCGUUUCGUUUCCGCAAGAGCAGUUGUGGUACCGGCACUUGUUCGGGGUGGCCGUCCGUAACCACGGUCCACCGGGCUCAGUCGAAAGGUUGAGCACCGCCCUUCUAAAUUACUAGGAAGAUAGAGAAGAAGUGAAUUUUGAGAAAAUCUAAGAGAAGAGUUACUAUAGUAUUUUCGAAGAAAAGUUGAGGACUUUAUUAAAGAAGUGAUUUUGAGAAAUAUCAAAGAGAAAAGGAUUUUGGUGGAGUGUGUCAUUUUUAUAUAGUAUUAUAUGAAAAACUAUUUUUAGCCAAACCUGAUUAUUUUACGGGGUUGGGUAGUACUUACUUAGCUCUAAAGCUAAUUUUUGUUCCCUUUUCUUUGUUUUAUCACCUGCACUUUAUUUGUGCAGGUGAUGAUGCUUAUGUGGACUGAUGAUUGUAUGACCACGAGAGCGGUUUAGUGAUGCCUUAGUCAAACCUAGUUAUAAAUAAACAAUCCAAUUAUGUUGAACACUUGUUUUACUUUGUUUGGUGAUUGCCUGUGCAUUCGGUUAAGAGAUGACCGGAUGUGGCGGUAACACCCAUUUCCCAUUUAAUGUUAUUUCCGCUGCAAAACUUUUUAUCUGUUUUGAAAGAAUAAAUCAAGUUAUUAUCAAUAAAUCUAUUAUUUCAAGUAUUAUUUUGGGAGGGAAGGUGGGGGUGUUACAAAUUGGUAUCAGAGAGGUAUUACAAGGUUACAUCCCCGUAAUCACAACAUUAUUUAACAAUAUGUAAGGUAAUGAGCUAUAUCGGGAUGUAAACAAAAGUUUGAGUAAGGUAAUGUUGUGAUUACGGGGAUGUAACCUUGUAAUACCUCUUAAUAAAGUUUGAGGUAAUGUUGUCGCAGGAUUUACCUGCACAAGUAAAGUGCAGAAAACAAAACAAAGAAAGGGAAACAAAAAUUAGCUUUAGAGCUAAGUAAGUACUACCCAACCCCGUAAAAUAAUCAGGUUUGGCGAAAAAUAGUUUUUCAUAUAGUACUAUAUAAAAAUGACACACUCCACCAAAAUUCUUUUCUCUUUGAUAUUUCUCAAAAAUCACUUCUUUACUAAAGUCCUCAACUUUUCUUUGAAAAUAAUAUAGUAACUCUUCCAUAGUCUUCCUCUUUCCAAAAUCAAAAUCUCCUACUUUCUUUUAAGAUGAGCGGUACUUUCGGAUACUUAUGCCCGAAGCCCAAUGAGUCGUUUGUUAUUUACGAACUCAUCCCGGAAUCCGGUUCCCAUCACUAUCUCUUGAAUCGAAACGACUACUAAACUUGUUCUCUUCAAGUAGUAGUAGCCCUAACAAUCCUCCACAUUUAUCCGGAUGUGAAAAACCGACACCACGGAUUUCUCCCGGGGUGCUCACCUCUUAUGAAAAUGUUAAUUUUCAUCUUGUAUCAAGAUAUACUUCAAAAUAUUUCCAAACUCUCUAAAUAGUCAAAAAGGUAUUUAAAAAUAUUUGAUACCCCAAAAGUACAUAAUUUGUAUUUCUCAAAUACUAUAGAUUUAAUAUCUCUUUAAAUGACACAUAUAAAUAAUUCAAAAACUCACAACAUAAUCACAUAUAAUAAUCACAUAACACGGAAUAUUUCUCAAGUCUCCAAUCAUUCUCAAUGGUGUUUAAAAAUACUUAAUUUAAUAUCCCAUAUCUCAACUUUCUGAAAUACUAUGAAUGUAAUGACACUUCAAAUAAUACAUAUUCAAAAUUCACACUUUAAUCACGUAAUAACAUAUAUAAUACGAGGAAACCAUUUUGGAUCGGCAGAGAAACUUACCUCAAAGUCACGCUUUUGCUCUAACCCUACUUGAAAUCUAGUUCACGUCUUCAACGAAUUCACCAAUCUCUCCUUUAAUAUUAUCAAUGUGCGAAAAUUAAUAACUACUCCAUUAUUGAAUUUAAUUAAUUCGGUUUAUUACUCUUAUUCAAAAUAGUUAGUACUACUUGACUAUAAAAUUCAACUAUAUAAUUUAAGUCUUUAAUAAAUUUUCUACUUAAUUUAUUUAUACUUCUACUACUAUUUAAUUUUCGGCUAUACAAACUAAUAAUUCCUAAUUAUUUUAUUUAUCCGAAAAUAGCCUGCUAAAACUUAAUUAAUUAAAGUAACUGAUUAAUUCUAAUUUCAAUUUGGUCACUAACUUAUUUAUCUUAGUCGAACUUAGUUUACUAGUAAAAUCCAUUAUUUAAUUAUUAUCACUAAUUAGUUCCAAUUAAUUAAUUAAUUCCAAAAAAUCUAAUCUUUAAUUACGAAAUUAACUAACUUAAUUUUAUUAAUAGAUCAGACCUUAAUCAUUUUUAAAUAUACUCAUUUACUUAAUUAACUAUAUAUAAAAGAUCAAUUUAACUCAUUUAGUUAAGUACAUUUAUUAAUUAUUCGAGUUAAUCGCAUUUUAUUAAUCAGAAUACCUUAUGAAUUCAGUCAUUAAUUACGGUAUUUGAAUUCUAAUAAAAAUAUCCAAAUAUAAUUAACUACAACAUCAGAUUUUAAUUUAAACAUUCAAAGAAUUAACUGUGUUUCAAUAUUAUCAAAACAUAUCCGAAUUAUAUUUAAAUAAACUAUUCAUAUUUUCUUAUUAUAUUAAUCAAUCCGAAUGUUAUAUAAUUAUUUAAAAUUAACUAAUCGUCAUCAACUUAAUCUGAUUUUAUUAAUUAAUUACUUAAACGCUUGAUAUUACGUUAACUUAUUAAUCUACUUCAAUAAUCCAAUAAUGAGUGAAAACAAUAACGAUCCAAUUUUCUCUACUUAGUCCAACUAAAUAAUUAUAAUAUAAUAUUUGUUUAUCAAUUUUUAUUAAUUGAACCAUCAAUUUCCUUUUUAUUAUUUAACAAUAUGUAACUAUGUUAAAUAACAAUUAACAAAUUUAUCCAAGUAAUUACUAUCAAUUAUUCCAGCCAAUUUCACCAUUAAUACUUCUCAUCUCAAAUUUAUCAAUUUUGCAGAUUAUUAUUAUUAUUAUUAUUAUUAUUAUUAUUAUUAUUUUUAUUAUUAUUAUUACUACUACUUAGGAGUCUUGGCCCAAAAAUAAAAAAAAUAAAAACUCCUGGCCCAAGGGCCCAAUCUUCUAAGAGAGAAAGAAAUAAAAAAUGUGUACACUUCUUCUUCCUCUAUCACACUUCGAGAAAACGAGCUAGGCAGGGGGGAGGGAGUUACCUCGACGGAUUCGUGAUACGGUGGUGGUAGAAGACUCGUUUGGGGACGGCGAAGGUCGGUGAUGGGUUGGCGGCAGCGGCAGCUCCUUCUUCUUCUCCGUUUUCCGUCUUUACGGUUAGCCCGGCGGAACUCCGGCAAGCUUGUUCUCCGUCGUUUCACGAUCGUUUUCAACGAUUCUUUCACCAUUGGAUUCCUCUCGAGAAGGGGAAGGUCUCUAUGGUGUUUUCAUGGCUCGGUUUUGACUAAAACGAAGAGUUGAAAUUUGUGUAUAUGUAUAUAUAUAUAUAUAUAUGCGUAUAUACAUAUACCGCAGGUUUGGGGAUGAAGAGAGUUGAAGGUCUGUUCUUGCUUAUUUAUACUAUGAGGUUGGAGGUUGUAGCUACGAACAACCCAUGUGAGUGUAGUUUGGGUUGCAGCAGGUUACUCCCGGACCUUGUGAUACAUCUGUGGAUUUGCACAAGAUUGAUAGACGGGGGAAGCACACUGAAGAUUGGGGGAUGCGCCAUAUUCAGUAUAUCACUAUGUGGGAUGAUAGAGCGGCGUAUAUAGUGGACGGGAUCCCAUCUUUAGUCCCCACAGCUUUUGUAGACUACAUGACAUGGUAUUACACCAUCACACGAGUGUUUAUCUCUCCCAGUUUUCGUUUACCCACUGAUCAUUACCAGCCUAGCUCAGUCGCUCUUCAUAUGACGACACGGGCUUUGCGUAGCAUCCAUGACAGAGCGACUGCUAUACUUGAUGAGGCGGUAGAUGUACAGGGAUACCAUGACGCUUGUUCAGGCAUUGUUUCACUGUGUGCUGAUGUAUUGGGUCGAGUCGAUUAUGGAUAUAUGGCCGCGUCUCAGCAUUCCACUGCAUCUACAUCCGCAGCAGGGUCUUCUCAGGCAGUCCGACGUGAUAGAGUUGUUCUUCAGCCUCGUAACCAGCGCAGACGUCCCCGAGCACAACUACAUGAGCUUCAUGAUGAUGAUGAUCACGUUGAGUUAUGAUAUUUGUAUUUCACUUAUUGUGUGAAAGUUGUAGUAUGCACUAGCAGAUCGAAUCAUUUUGGGAUACACCAGAUUUAUUAUAACUUUUAUGGAUCAUACUCAAUUUUGUGGUGUACUGAUUCCGUUUGUGAAAGUCUCAUAAUAUGAAGUUUCAUUCAUUCGUUUUGUGUUUUGGAUGUAUGUUGUAAUGUAGUUUCAUUGAUUCGUUUUGUGUUUCGGGUAUAUGUUUUCUUAGUAAAUCAUAUGUUUGGUUGUUUUUUUUUUACUGGAAUGUACUUUGAGUCUCUGAUGAGCACAUAAUCUGGUUAUUAUAGGUUAUU